UGGAGCUCCUCUGGGGAGGGAGGGGGUGAGUAAGAGUGGCAGCUCAGAUCCAGUUGCCAGGCAGUCCUGGAUACAGCAGGAAAAAACAUGACUUAGGCAGCUCCACCCAGAGGUGCACCACCCAUGAUGCAGCAGCCGAGAGUGGAGACGGAUGCCAGCGGGGCUGGCGAGGGGCCACAGCGGGCAGUUCCCUGGUCAGCCUGGCUCACCCGGCAGGACUGGAUGCGCUGGUGUGCUCGCCAUGUGCCCCAGAGCUGGGCCCAGUGGUGGGCCACAACCAGCUGGAGGCAGCCACUGCAGCGGGUGCUAUGGAGCCUGGAGGGGAUUCUCUACCUGCUGCUAGCCCUGAUGCUGUGCCACGCGCUCUUCACCACUGGCUCCCACCUGCUGAGCUCCCUGUGGCCCGUGGUGGCCGCGGCGUGGCGCCAUCUGCUUCCAGCCGUCCUGCUGCUGGUGCUCAGCGCCCUGCCUGCCCUACUCUUCACUGCCUCCUUCCUGCUGCUCUUCUCCACACUGCUGAGCCUAGUGGGCCUCCUCACCUCCAUGAAUCACCCAGGCUAUGCUCAGGACUUGAACGAAUAGAAGCAACCCCAUCCUGC